GGGGAUGGGAAGGGUUGCUUGCACAGGCUGGAAAAGAUGGCAUCCUCUGAUCAACCUGAACAGCAAGCACAGACCGGCUCUCCCAUCAGAGAAGAUGCUUCCCCGAGAGAACCGCUGAUUGCCACAGCGGUGAAGUUUUUGCAGAACCAGAAAGUUCGUCAGAGCCCCCUGGCCACCAGAAAAGCCUUCCUGAAGAAAAAAGGUCUCACAGAUGAGGAGGUGGAGCUGGCCAUCCAGCGCUCAGGCAGCACAGAAGACCCCCUGGCCUUGGCCCAUGCGGGACCCCCCCAUGUCCUUCACCCCACACAGCUGACACCCGUCCCAUACAGUGCUCCUGGGUACAGAUGGAAGGACUACGGCGCGCUGGCCAUCAUCAUGACGGGCAUGGCCUUCGGGUUCCACCACCUGUAUCGGAAAUACAUCCUUCCUCUCAUUACGGGCAGCCGGGAGGACAAGAAGCACCUGCAGAGGAUGGAGACCCACAUGGCCGAGAUGAGUGGCACGCUGACACAGACAGUCACGCAGCUGCAGAUGACUCUGGCCUCAGUGCAGGAGCUCCUGGUACAGCAGCAGCAGAGGAUUCAGGAGCUGUCCCAGGAGCUGGCUACCUCUGAGCAGGCUUCCUCUGCAGCCAACCGCAUGCUGGAGUCCCAGACCAUUAGCGAGCUGAAGGCUGAGAUCGUGUCUCUGAAGGGUCUCCUGCUGAGCAGGAGACAGUUCCCCGCGUCGCCCUCCGUUCCCAAGAUCCCGUCUUGGCAGAUCCCCCUGAAGCCUCCCACGCUCUCCGGCUCGCCCUCCGUCAACCACAACAACAGCAGCAGCGACAUCUCACCUGUCAGCAACGAGUCGGCCAACUCCUCACCCAUCAAGGAGGGCCACAGCCCGCAGGGCCCCCAGGCCGGGCCCCACGGCCUCAACGGGGAGGGGGGCCUUGGGGCGGCGCUGCCUCUGGACUUGAAGGACCAGGUGCGCAUGGAAGUGCAGGGGGAGGAGGAGAAGAAGGAGGUGGAGGAAGAGGACGAGGAGGAGGAGGAGGAGGAGGAAGACGAGGACGACGAUGACGUGAGCCACGUGGACGAGGAGGAACGUCUGAGCGUGCAGACGGAGGACCGGCGGGGAGGGGACGGGCAGAUCAACGAGCACGUGGACAAACUGCGGCGGCCCGAGGGGGCCAGCAACGAGAGCGAAGUGGAUUAGGCACCGCCCCUACUCCCCCACCUCCCCCUCACCCCCCCCCCUUUUAAUUUCAUCCA